GUGACGUCAGCGUAAUAUGGCAGAAGCACGCCACAAAUGAAAACUUCCCAGUUUAAAGAAACAAUUGCGUAGUAUCUAAAUUUGUAACAUAACAUAUGACAUCAUUUACUUAAACAUUAACUAUGGAUGUCGAUAAUGAACUUGAUGGGAAUCUUUUAAGACAGUUUAGUUCUUUAGGAACUACUGAUAAAGAAGUUUUGAUCUCAGAAUUUCAAAAACUCCUUGGUCCUAACCAACUUUCACCAGAAGGAUGUGGAUUUUUUCUUGAUAUGAAUAAUUGGAAUUUGCAAGCUGCUGUAUGUGCGUAUUAUGACUUUGAUCAACCAAGUUUAACCAAUAUAAGACUACCUGUGAUGUGUUUUGUAAAGGAUGUGACUAUUGGGGAAGGUGAAGCUGUACCUCCUAGUACAAAAUUCAUUAAAACAUGGAGAAUUCGAAAUAUUGGUGAAGAUGCCUGGCCACCAGGUUGUAACUUAAGAUACUGCUGUGGUGAUAACCUCAGUAACACAGAUCGUGCCAUUGUUAAUAUGUUAGUACCAGGACAGGAGGCUGAUGUUAGUGUUGAAAUGGAAAGUCCUUCUGCCACUGGUGUUUUCCAGAGUCAAUGGAGAAUGUCUACACCAACAGGCUUAUUUUUUGGUGAAGUGAUAUGGGUGAUAAUAACAGUUGAUGAAGGAGGACUUUUAGGUGUAACACAACAAUUAUCUAGUUUUGGAAAAUCAGACUUUGUACAUAGUAACAUUCCACAAAAUUUACCAAAUCCUUUUGCUUCUCCUAUAAAAUUAGACCUUACUACAUCAUCGCCAUUAAUAUCACCGAACUCAUCUAUAAUAGCACAGCAUGGUAGUCCAUUGACGUCACAGCCUAGUCCUACAGUGCCAACUUCAUCACCUGUUCCAGUUAGAGCAUUAUUUAAUAAUUUUGUAGAAAGUGAAACACACAGAGAAGACAACAAAGAUUCAGAUAUGUCAUAGCAAAAAGUGUUUAUAUACAAUAGUAUGACUUAACCAGAAAGAUCAGAUAUAUUGUGGCAUCUUUGUAUCAAUGUGUCAUAUCAGACUGUAUUGAUAUGUAUUUUCAUAUCUUAACCAGAAAGAUAAGAGGGUCCUUUUGACCUCACAAGUUAUUGUUCUAUUGAUAAAAGGAUAUUAAAAAUGUACAAAAAAUUAAAUGAGAUUUAAAUGCUCUUACUUUUUUAAACUGAUAAAAAUA